ACCAUCCGUCCGGUGCGGAGGAGUUUCUACGAUCCAGCCUCGGCCCCGGGUCAGGGCUGGCAGUGGGAGUGGGAGAACGACGCGGGCACGUGGACGCCGUACGACAUGGAGGUGGCCAUCGCCAUCGAGAGCGCCCACAACCGCCAGCAGCCCUGCCUCGACCUGACACCGCUCGGCUUCUGCUACCUCAUUGAUUUCCAGAACAUGACACAGGUGAACAGACAGAGCCAAAGGUGUCGGAGGAUCCAGAGGCGUGCCGACAUGGCCUAUCCUUUAGUGUCUGGUCCUCUCCCGGUCCCCAAAGGAGGAGGCGUAGGGGGUGGAGGCCUGACGGGAGCCUUGCUAGGCGUUGGGGUGUCCGGAGCCAGCAUGGGGUUCGCAGGCUCGGUCUACUCCAAUGGGGGCUUGCCGGCUGCCGGACUGGGCCAGCCCUGCUCCUGCCAGCAGUGCAUGCUGGUCCUCAGUGUGAAGACCAACACAGGAGGGACGAUGGGAGGAGUAGCAGGGAUACAGACUCUUGGUAGACGCUCGCUGACCAUGCAGCGGCCCAAGACCUUAGCACCCGCCGCCUCCAAGCCUCUGAGUCCGUCUAAAUCGGCCACUCUGGGACGAGGACAGCAGCAGAACUCCAACUCCAACUCCAACUACUACCAGACGCUGCCGCACGGCCUCGCCAUCUCCAGGAACACCGCCUCUCCGAGAAGGAACGCCCAGCUCUUCGCUCAGUCGCUCGCCGCCCUCACCGCCGGCACCUCCGCCAUGGGCAUCUCCGUGUCUUCCAACAGGCCGCCUCCCCCGUCCCUCCCUCCCCCUCAGCCCCCGUCAUCCAACCCGGGCCUGAACCCUCCGUCCGUUCCGCCCAAACAUUCCUCAUCCUCAGCCAACGAGUCGGUGCCAACCGCCACGUUGAUCACUCCCGCCAGCAACGUCACCACGCCUCCCUCUCCCGUGCCGUCGCCGUCGCCGCUGGUGAUGAAGCCGCAGCGCACGCCGUCGUCCGCGGCAACAGUGUGCCAUGCCCCGUUGCCGCAGCGAUCGAGCCUGGCCGGGCUGAGCAGACCGGCGUUGCAGAGGAUCGCCAUGGCUCAGUCCAGAGCGCUCAUAGCAUCAGGUGUGCCCACGGUCCCGGUGAAGAACCUCAACGGAUCCAGCCCUGUUCACCCUGCUCUGGCCGGGAUCACAGGAAUCCUGAUGAGUGCCGCCGCUCUGCCCGUCUGUCUGACCAGACCGCCGAAGCUGGUGCUGCAUCCUCCGCCCGUCAGCAAGAGCGACAUCAAACCGGUGCCGGGCUUCGGCCACUGCUGCAGGAAGACCACCAAGAAGCAGGCUCGCAAGGGUAAAACUCCAGAGGAGGUGGUAAAGAAGUAUCUGCAGAAAGUAAAAAGUCCACCAGAGGAGGACUGCACCAUCUGUAUGGAGCCUCUGGGGGGUCCGUCUGGGUACAAGGGCCCGGGAGUGGGGCCUGUGUCCAGGGCGGAGUCCGUCGGGAGACUAGCACAGUGUGGACACCAGUACCACUUCCAGUGUCUGGUGGCCAUGUACAACAACGGCAACAAGGACGGCAGUCUGCAGUGUCCCACCUGUAAAACCAUUUACGGCGUGAAGACGGGCAACCAGCCGGCAGGGAAGAUGGAGUACCACGUCAUCCCGCACUCUCUACCCGGACACCCGGACUGCAAAACCAUACGCAUCAUCUACAACAUCCCACCCGGCAUUCAGGGACCAGAGCAUCCGAACCCAGGGAAGCCCUUCACUGCCAGAGGCUUUCCCCGACACUGCUACCUCCCAGACAGCGAAAAAGGACGCAAGGUACUCAGACUGCUCCUGGUAGCGUGGGACCGCAGGUUGAUCUUCUCAGUUGGUACUUCGAGCACUACAGGAGAGUCCGACACCGUCAUCUGGAACGAGGUCCACCAUAAGACAGAGUUUGGCUCCAACCUGACGGGUCACGGCUUCCCCGACCCCGGACACCUCGACAACGUCCUGGACGAGCUCCGAGCUCAGGGCAUCACGGAGGACGACGGCCUGGUGGAAAAGUGAAAGCUACGACCGGCGGAGACGGAGGAGACGCCAGCGAGAGAACUGCAAAAAGGUGGAAGCAGAGGAGGAAAGAAAAAAUGGAGGAGGUCCUGGACUGAGAAAGACUCUCUCUGCCAGCACUUAGAGGGACGUUUAGAAGAUUUUUUGUUUUGCAGAAGUAACCACUUGCUGAGAUGUCGUUGCCGGGGGUCGCCUGUCAGUGCCAGUCUGUCCACAGUUUUUCAAGAAUCAACAGAAGUGAGUGGAGGUUUGAGGAAGCAGCAGCAGCUCAGAAAGAAAAACCAGGAGAAACAAAACAAACAAACAAAAAAAGGUUUUAGCUAGGUACUAAAUGACAACGGUGAGAGUGAAUCGGUACUAAUACUUAGGACAAAAACAAGUUUACUUUACUGAGAGAGAGAGUGAUUUAGAAAAAGAUGGAACCAUGUUAGAGCAGUUCAUUAAAAACAGGGAGAGAAAGGACAAAGGGAAGAAGAAGUUGGAGGGGUUUGGGAAGGAAACCGGAGAGAGAGCCGAGCAGAAAGAGAGAAAGAUGGCGUACGGACGUAGCGUAGGAUAGGAGUAGAGUCAAACUAACCUGUAUGGUGCUUUCUGGUACUUGAGCUAUUCGAUAAAAACACGAGGAGCGGUGACGGACGGACGGAGGGACUGAGAGCUGGCUUUGUUCAAACCACCCUUGUGGUUGUUGCGCCCUCUUGUGGGUUUUCCGGUGAACUGCAUCGGGCUGCAAGCUGCUGGGAAAAAAAGAAAAAAGAAAAAAGCAAACACAAAUAUCCCUUUGAGUUAUCCACCUGUGUUACUUUUAUCAUUGUUACUAUAACCCUCAUUUAACGUCAUUCCAUACUUUACCUCUCGAUGGGUUUUAUACGAGCUGUACGUUUCUGACUGUGUGUGAAAUGACAAAAGACCAAACCGAGGCCUCGUCUUUCGGGCCCGUUCGGAGUCUUACUGUUGAGCCACUGUGGUACGAGUUAACCUUAGAUGCACAGGUACCGGUGUUCUUUGUUUUAUCUCGUGGGUUCUGGCGGCCCACGAGGAGCUGUUUUCCACUGCAGGAGUUUUCGAGGGAACCUUUGAGGAACCGCCCCCUGUAGAACUUUUCCACCUCCAGGUACUUCUGAGCAGCCCUGACAAAAAAAACUAAAAACAAAAAAAACGCUGAGUGGUUAAACUCCUAGAGGACGACGAACGCCUUAAUGUCCUCGUCCAGUAGCAGGUUUCUCCUCACUCACAUCGCCAUCGUCAAAUUCAGACCUCCGUUGUUCUGUUUUUUACAUAGAACUGAAAUUAGUACGAGAAAAAAGGUCCGAUUACAGGGCUGCUGCUCUAAACUUGUUCCUGCUCCGGGUUCCUGCAGUGGAAAGCCGCCGUAUGUGUCGGUGGAUGGAGGAGCUGUUGAAGCUGGAGCCUCUCAGGCUGGGCAGAGGGUUGGAAGGUUGAGGUGGAGGACGGAGAGGAGAAAACCAAUACACAAAAACCUGCAAAACACUGCAAUCAGUACAACUUUAGAGGAUCAUUCUGGUUCAUUUUACUCUCCAGUAAUGUCGCGUCUCUGUGCUGACUUUACAUUCUUCACCUUUUGUUGUAGAGAUUCAAUAAAUUGAGGACUUGAGCCGUUUUUAUCAGGCCAAAAAGCUCCAACCUGUUCUAAGUUACUCAAAGCUUGUGUAAAAUGACAGUACCUUAACCAAAACGAGUCCAAUGUCCUUUAAAUGUACUCAAAAUUUGUUUAAAAUGGUGACUAGGUGACUCGGAACCCGUCUAAAAUAACAGAAACUAUUCAAAAUCAGUGAAAGAUUUAUUUAAAAUGACAAAAUCUGGCCUGUGUGGUUUACAAGUUAAUAAAAACAGGGAUCUGAAAUGAGUUAUAAUUUGUUUAAAAUGACUCAAAAUUCAUUUGUGAUGACACAAACCUGUCCUAAAUUACUCAACACUUGUCUAAAUGACAUAGGCCUGACCUAGGUGACUCGGAACCUGCCUAAAGUUACAGAAAUGAAUCUAAAUUUGUUUGAAAUGAUCAAACCUGUCCUAAAUUACUCAAACCUCGUCUAAAAUGAUUAUUCAAAAUUUGUUUAAAUAAAAUAAAAAACCUGAAAUGAGUUGCUAACAAAUGAAAAAGGGAUCCAAAAUGAGUUAUAAUUUGUUUAAAAUAACUCAAAAUUUAUUUGUAAUGACACAAACCUGUCCUAAAUUACUUGAAACUUGUCUAAAUGACAAAAACCCGACCUGAGUGACUCUGAACCCGUCUAAAGUUACAAAAACUUCUCCAAAGGGAGUCAAAAAUUUAGUUUAAAACGACUAAACCUGUCCAAAGUGAUACAAACUGUCCAAAAUGAGUCAAAGGUUUGUCCUAAACAUGUGAGAACAUAUCCAGAAAGAGUCCAAAUGUUCGUAAAAUGACUCCAAAUGUGUUUAAGAUGACAAAAAAAAAAACCAACAGCCCUUAGUUGAAGCUCAUCUAAAGUGGCAAAAGAUGAUGCAAAAUGAGUCAAAAUUGGAUUAAAAAUGGCUCAAACUUUGUUUCACAUGACAAAUACCUGUCUUAAAAUAAAAAAUAUUUUAAAAAAUCUGUAAAAAUAACUUUAAAUUGCAUCAAAGGUUGUUUAAAAUGACAAAAGUCUGACUUAGGUUUCUCAAAACUUAUCUACAUUGACAAAAAUCUAUCCAAAACGAGUCAAAGGGUCGUUCAAAUGGACUUAAACGUAACAAAAAACUACUUCAAAGUUACUUAAAGCGACUCCACAUUUGUCCAGAAUAACUUACCAUCCCUGAAUCUUUAAGACGAAGGAGAUAAGAAUGAUCCUUGAGCAGCUGAUGGAAAAAAAAACCUUGAUUUAAUGGAGGCUGAAUAACUUCUACAUUACCUGAGGUGAUGCUGCAUUCAAAGUGGCUGGGAAAUUAGCAUGUCUGAGAUCUAAUGAGGAAAAAUCAAAUCAAAUGCUACCAGAAAUUGAAGCGUCGUGAUUUCGUUCACUCUCCUGCUCUUGUCUCUGCCUCCAACCCGCCGCCCAGCCUCUGAGUCGGGUCAGUAAAUGAUGUUUUAUCGCAAAGAAAAUCUGUGUUUACGACCAACAAGCUCCCAGUUCAGGCUUCGCUUCGGCCCUCGUCCCUCCACUGACGACGAUGAUGAUGAUGAUGGUACUCCUACCUUUAUUAUGUUCUUCUUUAUGAAAUGUAGUCACACUUGCUUUUAUUAGCAUCUAUUUUUUUGACACUAUCAUAGAAUAAAUUGCCUUUUUGUUUUUUUUUCAUUUUGUACAUUUAUGUCGUAUUAAUUAUGCCCUUUUUCAUUUGUUACAGUUUGUUUACAAAGACAGUAUUAUUAAAUACCGUGUCUUUUUUGUUCUUCUUCUCUCUGUGUGUACAGACGUUAAGCUGAUUCGCUUCAUCUUUUCUUUGGAAAAGGAAUUCGAUGGUAGACUUUUAUCUGAGUGUGACAUGUUAUGAAUUUUAAUAGAAAGUCCUUGUACACUUGCUGUUCUGUUCAUCUGUUCUGCACGGAGCCUUUGUGACCGUGCAAGGUUCCACAGACGAUGUCUCGGUGGAUAUUUUACCCCCAGCAAUUAAAAAAAAAAAGAAAGAAAGAAAGGAUUAUUUUACAUCUUGUAAAAUGUUUUUAAAAUCCCAGAUUCCCUCUUGUGUUGUUGCAGUUUUUCUUGAAAAAGCUGCCCAAAGAGAAAAGUGGGAAAACACUGAUUUUGUACGAUCAGUUAGUCCGGUUGAUCCUAAUUUGUCUUUUUGUUAUUAAACGAAUGACUUUGAAUAAAAUAUUAUCACUAGUUUUAUUACUGUUUCUUUUAAACUGGGUCUCAAUUAAGCUACCUUUCUGUUCUAAACGUGCAUUUGUUUCGCCAUCACCGUUUCCCAUCCCGGCUGACGGCUCCAAACGUGGACACUAGCCCUCCGCGGCAUCUUUGUCUGUGAAGAAAAGGUGGGGAAUAAUGUGAUCACAGGUGCUGGUACAGGAGAGGCAGAGCAUCGGAACAUGAGGAGAAAAACAAAGUGUAAAUACUGCAAAAAUAAUUGCUGGAGUAUGAAUGAUUAAUACAUGACAAAAAAAAUAAAGAAUGAAUGAAACUUA